GAUGUUCCCCUCGGUGCGGGUGAAGGUGAAGGGCUUGGACCCCAGUAAACAGUAUUUUGUUGCUCUGGACGUGGUUCCCGUGGACUCCAAGCGCUACAGAUACGUCUAUCACAGCUCCCAGUGGAUGGUCGCCGGAAACACGGAGAAUUCCUGCCUCCCGCCCCGCCUGUACGUGCACGCCGACUCCCCCUGCUCCGGGGAGACCUGGAUGAGACAGGUCAUCAGCUUCGACCGAGUCAAACUCACCAAUAACGAGAUGGACGACAAAGGACAUAUCAUUCUGCAGUCGAUGCAUAAGUAUAAGCCCCGGGUCCACGUCAUCCUCCAAGACUCCUGCUUUGACCAGAUCCAGUCACUGCCGGAAGAAGGGGUGAAGACAUUUUCAUUCAAGGAAACAGAGUUCACCACAGUGACGGCAUACCAGAACCAGCAGAUAACCAAGUUAAAGAUUGACAGAAAUCCAUUUGCAAAAGGCUUCAGAGACCCAGGAAGGAACAGGGUUGUGAUGGAUGGUCUCCUGGAGCACUACCCGUGGAGAUCUUCUCUCUCCUUAGACUUUAAGGCUUUUGGGGCAGAUACUCCUGUGAAUAAGAACACUGUAGUUUCCAUUCAGAGGCAGUAA